GCGAAACAAAGAGAGAGAAAAAGGAAUCCUUUCAUUCACUCUCCCAUCAAUCCUUUCAUCAAACUCUUCCUCUUUUUGCCUCUCCAUUUUUCAAUCUUUCUCUAGUCUCUAUCUUGUAUCUUACAAAUAUAGAAAUCUUUUGAUAUUCAAAUAAACAAUUAACCUCAACUUCCACACCAUGUCCUUCUCUUAUUAAACCCUAAAAAAACCUCAAAAAAAAACUAAUGGAUUCCUUUGUAGAAGUAGAGCCUUCCAACACCAACACCAAUAACAACAACAACAUUACAUCAUCAUCAUCUACCUCAUCAAGUCGAUAUGAGAAUCAGAAACGUCGUGAUUGGAACACUUUCGUUCAGUACCUUAAAAACCAUAGACCACCACUCUCCCUCUCUCGUUGUAGUGGAGCUCAUGUCCUUGAAUUCCUCCGUUACCUCGAUCAAUUUGGCAAAACUAAAAUCCAUACGCCGAUAUGUCCAUUUUACGGUCUUCCAAAUCCUCCAGCACCUUGUCCAUGUCCUCUUCGUCAAGCUUGGGGUAGCCUUGAUGCACUUAUUGGACGUCUUAGAGCUGCUUAUGAAGAAAAUGGUGGAAAUCCUGAAAUGAACCCUUUUGGUACUCGUGCUGUUAGGCUUUAUCUUCGCGAAGUUCGCGAUUUGCAAUCAAAAGCAAGAGGUGUAAGCUAUGAAAAGAAGAAAAGAAAACGACCAUCACAACCAUCACCACCAGCAUUACAAUCGGGAUGAGGUGAAGGUUAAAUUAUUAGGUAAUAAUAGAACCAACAUUACUCAUAUUGGAGUUAAGUUUAAAAUUUCGUGAUGGUUUUUAGCAAUUAUUAUUAGUACUACUAGUUGUUUUGAGGAUUUAAUUUAUGUCACUACCUAGGGUUUGUUUAUUUAGUAAUAAUAAUUGCCUACUGUCAAUUUCAUAUAUUUGUGAUGUACGGUUUUAGGGUAUGAUAAUUAAUUAGUAAAGAGUAGUAGUUGGAAGUACUAACAAGAAGCACACUUUUUAUUAUCCUUAUGUCCGUUUACGAGCCGUGAAAUUCGAUCUCAAUAUCUUUGUCGUUA